CGCUUCGAUAUCCAAGGCCGAUCUCGUUCUAUGUACGACUCCACACAUUGGUUGGAGGCACUAUUUAUUUAUUUCUGCUCCAUUUACUCUGUCCCUUACAAAGAGGGGUGAUUGUCGUACUAUAAGGCACAAUCAAUGCUGUGAAAGCUCGAUAACAAGUCUUCCAAGUGGGUAUCGAACAGGCGCCAGGGAGGCUACAACUUUCGGCCAGGCCUCAUCGUCAUGAAGUUCGGCGAGCAGCUCCGCACGAGCGUGAUCAGGGAAUACCAGUGGUACUACAUAGACUAUGACGGCCUCAAGGCGCAAUUGAAGACCGACACCUCUCCAUCGACCGAUGGCGGGAAAGGAAAGCGGGUAGAAUGGACUACAGAGAACGAGGAGGAGUUCAUAACCACUCUCUACCUUGAGCUGGAGAAGGUACACACAAAACAGAGGGUCAAGGCCAAUGAGAUUGGCCGACGCAUUGCCGCCAGUGAGCGUGAGGUCACUGAGGUCGUGGCCAGACUCGACAACCAAGGACCAGUAACAGCCGAGGGCCACUCAGAUGCACCGACAGAAGAAGAGUUCAUGCUGCUGGAGGAGGACUUGAGCGAUAUUAUUGCCGAUGUGCAUGACCUUGCCAAGUUUGUCCAGCUUAAUUAUACCGGCUUCCAGAAGAUCAUCAAGAAACAUGAUAAACAAACAGGAUGGCACCUUAAGCCGGCCUUCGCCACUCAGUUGAAAGCGAAGCCGUUUUUUACCGACAACUACGAUGCCGACAUUGUUAAACUCUCGAAGCUCUACGAUAUCGUAAGAACGAGAGGAAACCCAGUCAAGGGAGACAGCGCUGCUGGUGGGAGUCAAGCAAGCUUUAUCCGUAACACGACGAAAUACUGGGUUCAUCCGGACAAUAUUACGGAACUGAAGCUCAUUAUUCUUAAGCAUCUCCCAGUACUGGUAUUUAAUGCCGGCAAGGAAUUUGACAAGGAGGACUCCGCCAUUACAUCGAUCUAUUACGACAACCCAGAAUCAUGGGAUCUUUACGAAGGACGUCUAAAGAAGACUGAAGGCGCGGAGGCCAUCCGUCUCAGAUGGUAUGGUGGAAUGGCUACAGAGACGAUAUUCGUGGAAAGGAAGACCCAUCGCGAAGACUGGACUGGCGAGAAGUCUGUCAAGGCUAGAUUUGCCAUGAAGGAAAAGAACGUUAACGCGUACAUGAAAGGUGAAUUACUUCCGCCAGCCAUAUUUGAAAAGGCUAGGAAGGAUGGUAAGAAGCCAGAGAAAGUAAUUGCGGAGGACGAGCGGCUCGCCAAGGAAAUCCAGUACUCUGUGCUGAAGAAGGGUUACGUUCCUGUCUGUCGUUCGUUUUAUAACCGUACGGCCUUCCAGUUGCCUGCCGAUGCUCGUGUGCGUAUUUCGCUGGACACGGAGUUGACAAUGGUCCGAGAGGAUAAUAUGGACGGCAGGAAACGAUCGGGCAACAACUGGAGGAGAAUGGAUAUUGGUAUCGACUGGCCGUUCUCACAAUUGCCUUCCGAAGACGUUGAGCGCUUUCCAUAUGCGGUCUUGGAAGUCAAGCUACAGACACAAAGCGGUCAGGAGCCUCCUGGAUGGGUGCGCGAACUGAUUUCGAGCCAUCUGGUCGAAGCUGUUCCGAAAUUCUCGAAAUUCAUUCACGGAACGGCAACGCUUUUCCCAACGCGCAUCAACCUGCUUCCGUUCUGGAUGCCGCAGAUGGACGUUGAUAUCCGAAAGCCAGUCACCCACCAUUUCGGUAUUCGCAGACCAGGCCAGUCCGCAAACUCGUCAACGAGCGACGACGACCAAGACGAUGAAUCUGAUGACGAGGAUGGACAUGAAUUUGGGCAUGCAUCACAGGAUUCCACCGUCCGGGAUGACAACUCCGAGGAAACUGUGCGUCAUAUGCUUGAGGCACGGAAUGUUUUGGAGCAGCAAGACCUCCGAAGGAGAGCCCAGAUGUCGACUGGUAAUACACUCGAUGACGAGGAGCAGAUUGCCAACCGCCCCUUAACGGAUGCCUAUGUUAUCUAUGAAUCCGACGAUGAGGAUGGGCCAAAUGAUCUUGAAGAGGCAAGACGUGUUGGUGGCUGGCCAUACUACUCUUCGUUGUUGAGGCAUGAAGCUCGGGCUGUACGCGACAACACGGCCAAAUUCGUGAAGAAGUUGGUGGCAAGGCCUGAUAUCUCGAUGGACAACGCGAUACAAAACAGACUUGGCCAGACUGUGACCGAGCGGAUGUUCAAGGCGCCGAAGGGGAAGAAGAUUCACGUCCCCGUCAGGGUAGAGCCGAAGGUCUACUUUGCCGCCGAGAGGACGUUCUUAGGCUGGCUUGAAUUCUCUAUUUACAUUGGAACUAUUGCCGUUACAUUACUCAAUUUCGACGCGAAAUUAAACAGCAUGUCCUUCGUCGCCGCCGGCGCGUUCACGCUUGUAGCCGUCGCAUCGUUGUUGUAUUCCGUGGCGAUCUACUUGUAUCGUGCGCAGGCUAUUAGGGAGAGAAAGGCGGUCCAGUACCAUGAUAGUUGGGGACCAAGUGUGCUCUGUGGGUGUGUGUUUAUAGCUAUUUUGUUGAAUGGGUGGUUCGAGUUGAAGGAGAGACGGAUUGUGUAGGUACUGAGGUGUGAGGGGGAAAUCGUGGGGUAGUACAUAUUAUUGUAACAACGAUAGAAUGGAUCUUGAGUGGUAGCUAGGAGGUUCAAGAGGUCUGCACCGGAGGAGUUUUUCGAUAUGGGGUGCUUUUUGGGGGAGUUAAGGUUGUAGCAAAGCAUGUUGCGUACAGGAUUCUUCAGAG